AGAGAGAGAGAGAGAGAGAGAGAGGGCAAAGAUGGAUGCAUUUUCAUCCCCUUCGAGCGGGUCGUCAUCUCAACCAUCAACAGAGGCUUUCAUGGGCCAGUUGAAGGUUCAGCUUGCUCAGGCUCAUGCGGAGGAGUUCCUUGAGACAAUCAGAGGGAAGUGCUUUGAUAAGUGCAUUACAAAGCCAGGGACAAGCCUGAGCGGGAGUGAAAGUAGUUGUAUUUCAAGAUGUGUGGAUCGCUACAUUGAAGCCACGGGUAUUAUCAGCCGAGCUCUUUUUAGCUCACCGUUCUAGAGGUUUGAGGAUCUUCGCCGCUGCCAUAUCUCCAAGAAAUUGCAUGAGAGAGUGCACUGGACUGAGGCUUGUCGUGGACAAUGGUUCACACAAGUUCUUAAAAUCUUCAAAGCAACAUUGCACUUGUUAACUUUAGAUUUUUUCUCC